AAAACCAUUUCGGGUUCUGGCUCUUGCGCCUUGGACAUCUCUCGCAGAAACCGUAGGCGGGGGGGACAGAUAGCGACGGCGCAGAGCUGAGGAGAAAGAGCCGCUUGGUGGGAGGUGGCUCCUUCCUUUUCUGACCUCAAUACCGUUCUCUCUCGCCGUUGAAGACCCUGCAAUCGGCAAUUGUCGACCUUCACUUCUAGUUAUUCUUGUUGUUCCUUUCUCUCGGGCAACUCAGUUCAGAUUUAUUCCUCGACAUGGAUGAAAAUUCAAAUGAAAAUAAGACCUUAAUGGAGCGCGUUCAACAAUUGGAACAUGAGCGCGAUGAAUUACAUAAAGAUAUUGAACAAUUAUGCAUGCAGCAGGCUGGACCUAGCUAUCUCGCUGUGGCUACUCGAAUGCAUUUCCAAAGGACAGCUAGCUUGGAGCAAGAGAUUGAGAACUUAAAAAAGAAGUUAGCUGCUUGCACAAGAGAUAAUUUAAAUCUUCAAGAGGAGCUUUCAGAGGCUUAUCGUAUCAAGAGCCAGCUCGCAGAUUUACAUGGUGCAGAGGUUUCAAAGAAUAUGGAAGUAGAGAAGCAGGUUAAAUUUUUCCAAAAUUGUGUUGCUGCAGCAUUUUCUGAAAGGGAUCAUUCUUUAAUGGAGGCUGAGAAAGCAAAGGAAAAAGAGGAGCUUAUUUCACUGAAAUUAAAUGAUCUCCAGAAUAGGGUAGAAGAGCUCACCUCAGAUUGUCAUGAACAGAAGAAACUUAAUGCUAAACUGCAAGUUGAUCUAGCACAGCUGAAAAUGCAAAAUGAAAUUUUCAAAAAGGUUAUUGAUAAAUUCUAUGAGAUCAGACAAAAUCAUUUUGAAUGUUUUGAGGGUAUAAGCUGGGACGAAAAAUGUUCUUCUCUUUUGCAUGAUCCUGAAGAUUUGUGGACUUUCAACAAUCAUGAGGAAACAUCCACCUCAAAAUACAUCAGUGAUUUGGAACAUGAGCUGGAGACGUUGAGAAAAUCUGUGGAUAAUCUUCAAUACAAGCUACGGAUGGGAUUGGAAAUUGAAAAUCAUCUAAAGAAGAGAGUUUCUGAAUUGGAAAAGAAGCAAAUUUGUUCGGAAGAAAUGAUAAAAAGUGGGAUAUCAGGUCUACUUCAUUAUCAUUCUCAGCAUAGAGUUCACAUCACGAAGAUACUUGAUGAGGGAAAGUCCCACCUGAAAUCAAUUAUUGAUAUGGUGGAUGAAAAGAUUGGGCAACUUGGUGUGAGCAGGGAACUGGAUUUGAAACCUCUUGUGAGAAACAUAAAGCUAGAUGAAAAUGAAUGUCAAGAUGUAUAUAUAAGUAACGAUGCUGAUCCCAAUUUGGUGGCUGAGAGGGAUGGUCCUGGCUUACCUGUCCUUGUGGCUGGUGGAAUUGGCAAUGCCUCUGAAGCCCUUGCAAUAGCUUUGAAAGAGAAGGUUGGAGCUUUGCUGCUUCUAUCACAACAAGAAGAAAGACAUUUAUUGGAGAGAAAUGUGAAUGCAACUCUUCAGAAAAAGUUGGAGGAGCUUCAAAGAAACCUACUGCAAGUUACCAACGAAAAGGUGAAAGCUCUUAUGGAGUUGGCGCAAUUGAAGCAGGAAUAUCAAUUAUUACGAGAGAAAAUUGAUCAUGAGAAGAAACGAGGGAACUUUUUGGCUGACGCUGGAGAAAGAAAUGUUGCUCAUGAAAGAGAUGGCAAGCUAAAAAGCUUGCUGAAGAAAACCUACCUGAGACGUUGGGUUGGUUCACCAGAUUUUAGUGGAAAUGAAAUUGAAGCUAACCUGAAGAAUGAAGCAACUUGCUCCGGCAGAAGGUCAAAUUACAGCAUGGAUUUUGCGAGAAUGAAGAUUGAAAAUGCAACCCUCAGGGAGAGCAUGGAAUGCAUGGAGCAUCUGACUUCUUCAAUUCAAAGACUUCGUCUGUCACUGUUAAAGGCGAAAGAGUCAGUUGCAUCUGAGAGUAAACUUACUGGCAUGCCAGAAGCUUUGGAGGAUAUAAUUUCUGAGGCAAAACUUGUGAAGACAGCCCUUGGAAGCUCAUUGCCUGUCAGUUGGUCAGCUGAAGUAGGUGUUGAAUCUGCAGGUGAAAGUAAUAUUGACGGGCCAGGUGAUGUUUGUGGAGACUCCAGCCAUGCGAAAAUAGAUUCUGUUUCUGCUGCGGGAUUUGAGAUGGUGGAGCUCCUAAUACUCGCAGCUCAGAUGUUAAGGGGAAGUAUGAGGAGUUCCAGAGACGGAAGCUGAGUGAAAUCCUUUUGUACUCUAUUUGGCCGUCCUUCUGACUGAUAAUUGUGACCUUGAAUUUUAAUCAGGCCUCUCUAUAGCUUCUGAUGGUCUUGGGAAAGCAAGUAUGAGGUGGUACAAUGACAAAUCUGUGAAGUAUCUGCCAGCUGUUGAUUGUUUAUAUCCGUGACCUUUGUAUUGAAAAUGAAAACCUCUGCAGCAUAUGGGGAUGGUUUAUAUCAAAGACCUUUGUAUUAAACUCUUCAGGGGAUACAUGGGAGAUUAGCUCUGCAAAAUUUUACAUGAGACAAUUCUGUUGUUUCUACACUGUACAGUUAUACAUGUCAAUUACAAUAAUGUUAAAAUGAUGUGGCAGCUCAUAAAA